AUGGGAAUCACCAAUGUUCUUUGCCAAGCACUGCAACAACAAUCUCAAGAUAUUCUUAAUGCAAUACAUAUUGUUUAUACAUCAAAGUUACUUCUUCAACAAUUAAGAGAUGGUGGAUGGUGCAAUUUUCUUGUAAAUGUUAAAUAUUUUUGUGAAAAGCAUGAAAUUGAAGUCCCUAAUAUGAGUGCACAAUAUGUUUUUGGAAGAAGUCGAUCUCGUCAACCAAGUGCGACAGUUGAGCAUCAUUAUCGAAUAGACGUAUUCUUGGCAACAAUUGACUCUCAAAUACAAGAGUUGAAUAGUAGAUUUCAUGAGCAAACAAUAGAGCUUUUGACUUUGAGUUGUGCUUUGGAUCCUAAGGACAAUUUCAAAUCAUUUAAUAUUGAAGAAAUUAACAAGUUAGCAGAGAAGUUUUAUCCCCUUGACUUUUCUUCUAAUGAACUAAAUAUUUUGAAAUCUCAGUUGCAACAUUAUCAGCAUGAUAUACCAAAUCAUUUGAAAAGGCGUUAG